UGUUUGCCGACGUUUCGUCGAGUGGCAAUGAGCGGCGUGGUGGCGGUGUCGGGGGCCGCGUCAGUGAGUUGCGCGCUUCCAGCGGCGUCAGACAGAUCGUGAACGGCCCGGCGCGCGCAGAAGAGCGGCCGGUGUGAGAGCCCAGCCAGCCGGCGUGCGACAGGACGCGCGCGGACAGCCCCGCCUUGGGCACACGAGCGCCGCGAGCGCUCGACGAUAACGAAGGGCGCGUCGUCACUCGAUCGCUUUGUCGCGGCGCGGAGAAGGAUUGCGCUGCUGCUCCUGCGGUGACAGCGACCGACCGCGUCGACGAGACUCCAGGACCAUGGCGGGCAUGUGGUUCGUAGUCUGCGUGCCUAAAGAUGAAGAAAUCGCGAAACAGAAGCAGCAGCCACAACACCAGACACUGCAGGCAGCCAACGGUGCUGUGCGCAAGGAUGUCAAUGGACACCAGGAGACACGGACCUCGGCCAAGCAGGCUCUGCAAGAUUGCCUGGAAGAGCUGGGCGUCGAUGAUGCGGUGUGGUGCUCGAGGAGUUCCGACAAGGUCUACCAGGUUAUGUUUCCCUGCGAGUCGGGAGAAGACACGGACCUGGUGCUCAAGUCUCUCAACUCCAGGGGAAUCGGCCUGGACGCAGGCUCCACCGUCGGGGUCGUUCCUUGUGCAAUAUUUUACCAAGGUGGUGACGACGCCACUGCAGAAAGCCACGAAGAAGAGGCGUCCGGCUUCAAGACUGCCCAGCAGAAGUUUCUCAAGUCCGUGACGGCACGUCUCACAGUAGCUCAGGUGGUCGAAGGGGUGCGGUCAAACGGGGAACUCAACUUCGACUACGUAGCUUUCAUCAUACUGGCCGGAAUGAUCGCAGCACUUGGUCUAAUGGACAACAGUGUGGUCUCUAUCAUCGCAGCCAUGCUCGUCUCGCCGCUCAUGGGUCCCAUCGCGGCCAUCACGUUUGGCAUCAUCAUCAGGGACAAGUCAUUGGUCAAAGUCGGGCUUCGCACUGAGCUGAUCGGGCUUUUCCUCUGCCUCCUAUUCGGGUUCUUUUUCGGGCUGAUCAUGGCCUACUGGGGAGACAUUCAGGGUCCGGGAGGCUGGGGACCCAACACGUGGCCCGACGCAGAGCAGACGGCCAGGGGACAGUGGCGCAGCUUGUGGGUUGGCGCGCUGGUAGCGCUGCCCUCUGGCGCCGGUGUGGCCAUGGCCAUCCUGGGUGGCAACUCGGCGUGCCUUGUGGGAGUCGCCAUCUCUGCUUCGCUGCUGCCCCCGUCCAUCAACUGCGGGUCCUUGUGGGCUCUAUCACUCAUGAAAGUCUUAAAGUCUCUCGGCCAAGAUCCUGUCAAUGUGACCGUGCAGAUUCCGGGCACGGACCAGAACCGCACGGUACAGACGUACCCCGCCUUCGUAGCGUACCCGGGCUUCCAGGCUUACUACUUCGACAACGCCAACAUGCACAAGGAGUGCGCCGUCAUGGCCAUAAACUCUUUCUGCCUCACCGUGGUCAACAUCCUCUGCAUUAUCAUCGCAGGCACACUGCUGCUCAAGGUCAAGGAAAUAGCACCCGAGUCCAGCAUGCCACGAACGCAGCGCUUCUGGAAACACGACAUCAAGAUUGCGCGCGACUACAACAGGACCCUUCACGAGUCCAAUGACUUGGGACAGGAGUUCCUCCAGGAAUGGGCGAAAGUAAGCGGCGUGGAUCCCAAGCUGAUGUCGUCGAGCGACCCGCAGUCACGGCUGGCGCAGCUUCAAACUCUACAAGACAUUCUUAUGGAUGCUGAGGACGACGAGGUGUACCAGACGGUCACAAGGCAUUUGGGCAACCAACCGGCAAGCCUGGCGCGGCGACUGACGAUGGCAGCCUUGCCGGGUGGUGGCCUCCAGCCCUGCGCCGAUCCGGCGGACCCGGAGUCCGGCUUGCGGUGGCGUCGGAACAGCCAGCUCGUGUCCAACAUGCUGCACAACUUCGAACGGCGCAGCAGCAAAAACCUGGGCGUGUACGCCUACGACAACCCGAGCCCCGUGCGGGACGCGCUGAGCCCGCCCUCUAGUGGGACGCCAGCGCAGCCGCCGCAGCUGUCCCGGCGCCGGUCGUCGGUGCAGCAGCGCUCCAGCUACUGGCCGUCCCGCUUCUCGGUGUCACCCGUGGCCGAGCCGAGGCGGCGCAUGUCGCGCGCCAGCGUGCGACCCGCCAUCUUGCGCGAGGAGGAAGAUGAGACGUCACGCAUCUGAGGAGGAAAGAGUAACGGAGAAAGACGGGCACAGCGGCGUCCGUAGCUGACGCAUGUGAAUAACGGGGCAACAGUGGUAGUCAAAGCCUCACGAUUCUUCGGGAGAAGUGCCACUUACCCUGACUGUGCAUAUUGACCGGUUCGGGGGGUCCAGCUGCACUGAGGAGGCACGUCUUGAAGCCGCUUGAUUCGGCGAAGUGAGAGCCGCUUGCGGCGUGUUACGCACACUUUCACGCUUAACCGAGUGCGGAACUUGAGCGCUAAAGUACGCCUGGCGAGAGCAGUUACAAAGUGCCAUUGCCGUGGCGUAUGUUAGCCAGUCGGACAGUCCACAGCCCACCCUUGCGCCGCUGCCCAGUCCCAAAUAGAAAGUACUGUAUAGUCCAUUGUUAAAGGGAAUACCUGAAUUACAAUCGAGUGAGUCAAUGUAAAUGCUUGUCAUAUUCGCGACAAAAUGUCCUGCGUACGUGACAGCAUACUACGCGUAUGCAUGUGCUAUAAUCUGCAUGUCUUCUUGCCACCACUCCGCUGUAAUUGGUUGCAACAAAUUAAUUGAAUGUUACCUGUAAGAGUGGGCUAGAUCGUACAUCUUUUACAAUAUGGCACGUGAUGAUUCUGUCUGUCUUUGUUCGAAAAGAGUUCUUUAUGCUUUAGAACGGGAACUUAAGACAAUUAAAAUGAGCCUAUAGCAGCAAGAGAGGUCACAACGUGCCUGUCUUCUUGUAGAACGAGGCCAGUGAACGCGGGGAGGACGAGUGGGGAGGACUAAGGGUGUGAUACGUUCUAUUCUUUUUGUUCAUGUGUUUCGUUUCUGUUCACGUUUAUUUAGCUCAUGAAUCAUUGAUUGUAUAAUAUAGAGGCACGCUAAUCAACUGCCUUCCUCAUUGUGCACAACGUCGUGCGCGUCUGUGAAAUAAACCAUGUUCACUUUUUA